GAUAGGUAGAAUAAGUAUUGUAUGGGAAAUCUAGUAUUUGUUAAGUUAUCCGAUCUCGAUGGAUUUCUUGGCCCUUGAAGUGCGGGCCUACUAAUAUCGGAAUUGUGAAUGCCGCCAAAAAUGUGCUUCUCAUUGUCUUGUGAAUUGUAGGAGGGCACACUGCGAAUAAAACGUCAACCACGACCGCGCGUACGCCAGGCGCACGCCGCCCUUGAAGUAUCCCUCUCUUCGGACCUACGCGUGUGGGGUAGUCGUUUAAGGCAACUCCAUAUGAAGCAAGACAACUCCUUUUAUUCGCAGCCCUAGGGACCUGCAAGGGCAACUUGCGCUGGAGGACGACUUGGCGACCAGCUAGAGAGUUGCCAGGAGCAUUCCCGUACCAGUAGAGGAGUCGCAGACAGCGACAUAGAGGAGCGCAGACAGCGCGGAACACUGGGUACGCAGCAUUCCCCCAAGAGGAGUUCGCGGCUGAGAGGAGGGGACGCCACCCCUACAGCAGCGCGAGCGGAUCCGCAGCCAGCGAGUAGUGGAGCAGAAAACCGGCCGCGGCGGCGGACAUUUCUAGCCCAGCCACUACGGUGACUACAGUAGCGUCCCAACUCAGGAGUACUGCUGUCACAGCUGCGAGUUCAGAGCCGGAGAUGUGCCAGCCCCUCACGUCGGACCUUUUGAAAAGGAUUGCGGCUUUGGAGGAGGAGCUGAAGCAGGUUAAAACCCUGAACGGUGACAUCAAGGAGAUGUUCCACCAAGUGCUGAUCCGACCCUAGGAUCGGUGUUCCCAACGAUUCCUUUGGAGAGAUGGCAACGACGAUCGAGACCCGGAUUUGUACGAGAUGAACGUAAUGACGUUUGGAGCAGCCUGCUCGCCGAGCGCUGCGCAUUACGUAAAGACGGUGAAUGCCCUGAAGUUUCGGGAUUCAGAUCCGAGGGCAGUCAAAGCCAUCACUACGUCGAUGACUAUGUGGACAGUUUCGCUACAGAGAGCGAAGCUAUCAGUGUAUCUACCCGAGUUAAGGAGAUACACGCGGAGGCUGGAUUCGAAUUAUGCCAGUUUUCAUCAAGCUCACCCAUCGUUGAAGCGGCGUUGGGACCACCUGGACAAGUCAAGAGCGUCGAAUGGGGUGAGGCUUCAGAUUCAACGUGGAGUAUCACCGAGUGCCAAGUAGCGUUCUAAGUGGAGAUCGAGUCCCUACAAAGAGGGAGUAUUUGAGCUUGCCGAUGAGAACGAUGUCGACCCCAAGGUUGAAGCUGCAGGCAGCGGUUCUUGGAACCAGACUGAUGAACACAGUCAAGGAGGAACAUAAUGUGGACAUCAGCGAGACGGUUUUGUGGACGGACUCAAAGACGGUGCUGAGAUGGAUGACAGAACCCACCGCCGGUACAAGCAGCUUGUCGGCAACCGAGUGGAGGAGAUCUUGGAGUCGUCGAAGGUUUCCCAGUGGCGAUGGAUACCUACAGCUGACAACGCAGCGGAUGAUGCGACGCGGUCGCAGAAUAAGGCGGACCUUAGCGCGGUAUCACGUUGGCUAAGCGGAUCCGCAUUUUUGAGGCAGCCUGUGAGCGGCUGACCGGCGCCUGAGGAGGAAACUAAGCGUGUUCCAGAUGCGCCUGAUGAAGAAGAGAUGCCCAGUGAGUUUGCAUUGGUGGCCGCCAAUAAUAAUUUCGUCAUUCCGUUCCAGAAAUUCUCGAGCUUCAGUCGCCUGGUGAUGACCACAGCAUGGGUCUUGAGGUUUGCGCGUUGGUGUCGCAAGCAAAGAAGCGAGCUCGAGGAGUAUGGACUCACUGCAACGGAGUGUGAGGCUGCGGAGAACCUGUUAGUUAGAGAGGCCCAAUUGGAAUCUUUUCCCGACGAGAUGAGGUCGGCGGAAUGCGGAAAAAACGUCGCAAGCUCGAGUGAGAUUCGAGGUCUGGCGCCUUACAUGGAUGAACACGGAGUUCUGCGAGUUUAUGGUAGAGUUGAUGCCGCACUGUCCAUGCCCUACAGUGCGAAGAGGCCCGUAAUACUGUCACACAGGCACAGUCUUACGGAAUUAAUCGUCAGGCACUUUCACGCCCAGAUGAAGCAUCAAAACGUGGAUGCGACGAUUGCUCAUAUAAGGACGAGAUUCUGGGUCACGAAGAUGAGACGAGUGUUGAAGGAAGUAAUCUCGUCGUGCAACGAGUGCAAGUUGCAACGAACGCGGCCGAUGCCGCCGAUAUGGGACCCCUUCCAGAGGAUCGACUGAAAGCAGGGGGAAUGGCCAUUCAAGUACACCGGAUUGGAUUACUUUGGGCCACUGCUGGUGACUGUAUCCCGUCACAGAGAGAAGCGUUGGGUCGCCUUGUUUACGUGCUUGACGACAAGGGCGAUUCAUAUGGAGCUGGCGCAUGACCUGUUGACGGAUUCCUGCAUAAUAGCGAUCAGGAACUUCAUCUGCCGUAGAGGACCAGUAUAUAGACUGCGGAGUGAUAACGGCAAGAAUUUCGUGGGAGCUGACAGAGAGGCCAGGCGAUUUGGAGACGUGUUCGAGAUGGAGAGGAUACAGAGUGAGUUGUCCAGCAGAAGCAUUGAAUGGGUUUUCAGUUGCCCAUCGAACCCGUCUGAGGGCGGAGUAUGGGAGCGGAUGGUGCAGUGCGUCAAACGAGUGCUGCGCCAUACCCUGAAGGAAGUCGCGCCGAGGGAUCAUGUGUUGGAGAGUUUCCUGAUCGAGGCGGAGAAUGUAGUCAACUCGCGUCCGCUCACACACUUGCCGGUGGUUGCGGACCAAGAGACGCCGUUGACGCCAAACGAUCUGCUCAAGGGAGCAGCUAACCUACCGAAUACGCCUGGAUUGGAUGCGGAGCUGCCCAAGGAGGGUUCUACGCGAAAGCAGUGGAGGAUUGCUCGCAUGCUGCGAGACCGUUUCUGGAGGAGGUGGGUCCUGGAGUACCUGCCUACGCUUGUGCGCUGCGAGAAGUGGUGACGAAGAACGGAACCCAUCCGCCAGGGCGAUAUGGUCUUCGUCUGCGAUCCUGCCAUGCCCAGACGAGAGUGGCGCAAGGGCAUCGUGGAAGAGGUCUACAGCGGAGCUGAUGGAGUCGUCAGACGCGCCACAGUGCGCGUGAACGACAAUGGCCUAUCUCGGACAAUGUUGCGGCCCAUCUCGAAACUUGCAGUUUUGGAUUUGAGUGAAGCGGUUCUUCACGGGGUCGGGGAUGUCACAUUGUAGUCGAUAGGUAGAAUAAGUAUUGUAUGGGAAUCUAGUAUUUGUUAAGUUAUCCGAUCUCGUUGGAUUUCAUGGCCCUUGAAGUGCGGGCCUACUAAUAUCGGUAUUGUGAAUGCCGCCAAAAAUGUGCUUCUCAUUGUCUUGUGAAUUGUAGGAGGGCACACUGCGGUAAGAUUAAGUUAAGCUUGAAAUGUAUGAGACUGAUUUGAAUUGUUGAAAUUUCGCGGGCCACAUAUUUUCGAUUAUCAAUUUGUUUGUUUUGGUAUGUUGGUACACUUUUCCCGAACAUCUGUACCAAGUUUGAAGUUUAUAUCAUUCUUUGUUUGGUUGUUAGAGGGAAAAUAUGUAUGAAAAUAUUCAAAAAAGGGAAGUUGCUGGGCACAAUGGGUGGAAUUCAAUAACCUAUUAGUAGGUCCCAAAAUUUAUGGAAAGAUUGCUAGAAGCGCUUAAUAAACGUUAUUAACACUAA